GUCCGCGUCAGAACCGCAGAGAGGAACGAGCUGCCGGGUGAGCCGCGCCCAGCCUUCCCUUUCCCAAAAGUCGCCAUGUCGGAGGUCAUCCUGGAGAAAACGGACAGGCUGAGCCUGGGAGAGGUUUAUGUAUCUGAUCGAGUAGGAUGUGACAGCACUGGUGAUGGGACCCAGGAUAAACCUUUCAAAACAGCUUUGCAGGCUUUGAUGUCUACUGGAAAGGAACCAUUUCCUACUAUCUAUGUGGACUCCCAAAAAGAAAACCAGAGAUGGGAAACUAUCUCCAAGAGCCAACUCAAGAAUGUGAAAAAGCUGUGGCAGAGAGAGCAGCAGAAGAGUGAAGCCAGAGAAAAGAAGGAGGCAGAAGAUUUGCUGCGACGUGAAAAGAACUUGGAGGAAGCAAAGAAAAUUAUCAUGAAGAAAGACCUCAGCCUCCCGGAGCCCAAAUGUGUGAAGAUUCGUACCCUGGAAGCCUACAGAGGGGAAAGAGUAAAGGUGUUUGGUUGGGUCCAUCGAUUGCGUAGGCAGGGGAGAAACUUGAUGUUUAUUGUCUUAAGAGAUGGCACAGGCUUCCUUCAGUGUGUCUUAUCAGAUGAACUAUGUCAAUGUUACAAUGGUGUGGUUCUUUCAACUGAGAGCAGCGUUGCAGUAUAUGGCACCCUCAGUCUGGUUCCUGAAGGCAAGCAGGCUCCAGGAGGUCACGAGUUGAGUUGCGACUACUGGGAACUCAUUGGUCUGGCUCCCGCUGGAGGAGCCGAUAACCUGGUCAAUGAAGAGUCAGAUGUGGAUGUGCAGCUCAACAACCGGCACAUGAUGAUCCGGGGGGAAACCUUGAGCAGAAUCUUAAAGGUGCGCUCCACCGUCAUCCAGUGCUUCCGAGACCACUUCUUUGACCGCGGAUAUUACGAAAUCACCCCACCCACCCUGGUUCAAACGCAGGUAGAAGGAGGCUCAACACUCUUCAAAAUGGAUUAUUUUGGCGAGGAAGCUUAUCUGACCCAGUCAUCCCAGCUGUAUUUGGAGACCUGCAUCCCAGCCUUGGGGGACACUUUCUGCAUUGCCCAGUCCUACCGAGCAGAACAGUCAAGGACACGCAGGCACCUCUCUGAAUAUACUCACAUUGAAGCGGAGUGCCCUUUCAUGAGCUAUGAAGACCUGCUGAACCGUCUGGAGGAUCUCGUCUGUGAUGUGGUGGAUAGGGUCCUCAAAUCCCCAGUGUCUGAUAUAGUGUAUGCCCUCAAUCCGAACUUUGAGCCUCCCAAGCGCCCCUUCAAACGGAUGGACUACACAGAAGCCCUGAUAUGGCUCAAGGAACAUGAGGUGAAAAAGGAAGAUGACACCUACUACGAGUUUGGAGAGGAUAUCCCAGAAGCUCCAGAGAGACAGAUGACCGAUGCUAUUAACGAACCAAUCUUGCUUUGUCGAUUUCCUGCUGAGAUUAAAUCCUUCUACAUGCAGCGCUGCCCCGAGGACACCCGUCUUACUGAAUCUGUUGAUGUGUUGAUGCCUAAUGUUGGUGAAAUUGUGGGAGGCUCCAUGCGUAUUUGGGACAGUGAGGAGCUACUAGAAGGUUACAAGAGGGAAGGAAUUGAUCCCACCCCUUAUUAUUGGUAUACAGACCAGCGUAAAUAUGGCACAUGUCCUCAUGGUGGUUACGGAUUAGGCCUGGAGCGAUUCCUUACCUGGAUUCUGAACAGACACCAUAUCCGAGAUGUAUGCCUAUAUCCUCGCUUUGUUCAGCGAUGCAAGCCCUAAUCAAAAGUUUCUUGAUGGACAAAGUCUAUCCAACCUUAGGCAGUUCCCUUCUCAUAAUUUCAUGUCUCUGUCCCAAAAAUACAUACAGAUGUUGUUGUUUUCAAAUGAAAUUGCUUUGAACUUUAAAUUCCAGUCUACUGAUUCCAGAAAUGUCUUCCCCUCUGAUUGUCUCAAUCUGGUUUCACUCUCAUGUCUUCUUUUAAUAUAUUUGAAAUCAUUGCUUGCCAGUGGAAACUCGCUGUGGGGUGUACUUCAAGGUCAUAUGAUCUGUAACAACACUUCGUAGCCCUGGUCUCUCAGAAAAAUAUAAAGAAAACUGUAGGAGCUGGAUUCAGCAUUUGAUUUCGGAUUUGGGGA